AUGCAGCUUGUCGGACCGAUGCCGCGUGACAACUUCAGUGCGGCUGCGUUCGAUGGGCGCACUGCGGCGGGUGACGGCGCCCUGCAGGCGACUGACGCCCCGGUUGCCGAAGACGACUGUGCUCGGGAAGGCGAGAAACUGUGGGGUGCGGGGAAUCCGUUUCGGAGGGCUGAGAAGAUUGAGCGGGAGUGUGGCGCACACGGUGCGGAGGCCGUGCGGCACACAAAUGUGUGUCGCCUCUUUGAUCUUCGAAUUGGGACACGUUUGCGUGUGGGGUUCUGGGCCCCAGCGAGGGUCUCUCGCGGUUACGGCGUGCCGCUCGCCUUCCUGAAAAGCUCCAGAAGCCGCGUGCCCCGGACCCACACACACACACGCUGGGGGAGGAGGGCCUUCUGCGGGCACGGCGUAGAAAAAAUAGGGAGGGGCUCGCGGGGCUGCGGCCGCCAACGGGACGGCGGGCAAAGCGCUGCGUGUUGCGGGCGAAGGCUUAGCGAUGUGGGCGCCGCGGGAGCCGUCAGGCUGAGAGGGUGGUCGCAACGUGCGGGGAGUUGCGCGGGAGCGGCGACCGAAGACGCUCUGCUCUUGGGCGCCUCCUUUUUUUACUGUUUUUUGAGUUCUCCGAGGGCGGGGAGGAGUUUGUUUGGGCUGCGGUUUGCAGCGGCGGGUGCGCAUCACAACACUACCGCCAGCGCAGCGCAGCAGCGGCCCAGUGAGUGA